AGGAAAGCGAGGUAGCUCAACGGCCCAACUACUCCCCAUUAAGAUUCAACCACGCCAUUGAAGCCUCCUCUUUCUCCGCUCUGCUGCACAUACUAAUAACCACUCCUCUUCCUAGCUUCCUCCCUCGGAGGCUCGUGAGCAGAGCAGUGAAAUGAAGGUCUUCGUCAACACCAGGAGCGGCAGAGAGCUCAUCAAGGGCGGACUUGACCUCAGUGAUUCAGCUACAGUUUCUGAUCUGCAGGAGCAAAUUCAUAGACGGACCAAGAAAUACUAUCCAUCCAGACAGAGACUUACUCUCCCUCUCGCGCGCGGCUCUACUCAGAAGCCAACUGUUCUUCACUAUCAAAAGAGUCUAAAAGAUUAUACUGAUGGGAACACAAAUGAGCUUACUGUUGUUUUCAAGGAUCUGGGACCACAAGUCAAAUACAGCACUCUCUUCUUCUGGGAGUAUGUGGGUCCCCUGUUUAUCUACCCCCUCUUCUAUUACUUCCCAAUCUACAAACACUUAGGCUAUGAAGGAAAACGUGUUAUCCACCCAGUCCAGACAUAUGCUAUGUAUUACUUCUGUUUCCAUUAUGCCAAACGGAUCCUAGAGACGUUUUUUGUGCACCGUUUCAGCCACGCCACUUCUCCAAUUUCAAAUGUCUUCAGGAACUGCGCAUAUUAUUGGUCGUUUUCCUCUGUCAUUGCUUACUAUGUGAAUCACCCAUUUUACACCCCAGUGGGUGAUGCCCAGAUGAAGAUUGGGUUUGCGUUUGGGCUGAUUUGUCAAGUUUGUAACUUUUAUUGUCAUAUAUUGUUGAGAAAUCUCAGAGGUGCAGGUGGUGGUGGAGGGUACCAAAUCCCUCGUGGAUUCUUGUUUAACAUUGUCACAUGUGCAAAUUACACCACUGAGAUUUAUCAGUGGUUGGGGUUCAAUAUUGCAACACAGACAGCUGCUGGCUAUGUAUUCAUGAUAGUUGCUGCCGGCAUUAUGACUAACUGGGCUCUUGGAAAGCAUCGGCGCCUAAAGAAGCUAUUUGAUGGAAAAGAAGGAAGGCCUAAAUACCCCCGAAGGUGGGUAAUCUUACCCCCAUUCCUUUAAAAAGGAAGAUACAACUACGGCAUCAUGCCCAGGAUCAAAUAGUCAAUUUUUAUUAGAGAGUACAAUUGCAAUCAGUUUAUAUUUGAACAGGUUCUUUCAGCUUUUCAAGUGUAAUACACAGUAUUUCUAAUUUGUUAUGGUUCAUUCCUCUGUUUGCAUUCCUUUUGUCGUUUAAUUGCAUAGAAGUUUCAAAGCUGCGAUGUUCAAGGAACGUUGGUCAUGCUAUUAAUUAUAGACGUUACAAAACUACUAGCAAGGGACGAUUGUCUCAUUUUCCAUUUCUCAUCC